UAGCCAUAAGCCGCUCACGCGCUGCUGCCCGCAAGGUGGGGGGGGGGGCGGCGGCGGAAAAAAGGAAGGAAAAAUAAACCGCAACCAGGGGCCGGGGCUCGUUCGACUCCGGCCCGCAACCAGCCCGGCUUCUUCAUAGCCGCCCAAAGGCUGCCAGGAACCCGCUCUCCCGUCCCCGGCCGGAGCGAGCCGCCUCCCCGCCUCCUCCACCGCCUCCGCCUCCACCGCCGGGCUGAGGGGAAAGAAGGCAGGCGGGCGGGCGCUGGGGAGGAAGGGGAGGGCGUCCGCCAAGGGUCCCGGCGGCUGUCGGCGCCGCCUCACAUGACUGCCUCGGGCAAGAGGGGAGCAUGGACGGGGAGCUGCCGCCCGCCGCAGGCUCGGGGGCACCCGGCGGGGCCUCAGACUCUGCAAAGCCUCUAAUAAGUGAUCUGAAGGAGCCAGAAGAGCCUCCGAUGCAGACACCCCAAGGAAACCCGUUGGUGCUUUCCUACACCCUACAAGAGCUGUUGAGCAAGGACACAGUGCAGGUGGAGCUGAUUCCUGAGAAAAAGGGACUCUUUCUGAAGCAUGUGGAGUAUGAAGUUUCCAGUAAGCGUUUCAGGUGCUGUGUGUACAGGCGGUACAAUGACUUUGUGGUCUUCCAUGAGAUGCUUCUUCAGAAGUUCCCAUACCGCAUGGUCCCUGCGCUUCCGCCAAAAAGAAUGCUAGGAGCUGACCGAGAAUUCAUUGAGACGAGGCGGCGUGCAUUGAAGCGUUUCAUUAACCUGGUAGCUCGACAUCCUCCAUUCUCAGAAGAUGUGCUUUUGAAGCUCUUCCUCUCCUUCAGCGGGUCGGAUGUGCAGAACAAGCUGAGGGAGUUGGUCCAGGGUGUGGGAGAUGAAUUCAUGACUUGCAAGCUAGCAACUCAGGCCAAGGAUUUCCUGCCAGCUGAUAUCCAGGUCCAGUUUGCUGCCAGCAGAGAGCUGAUCCGAAACAUCUACAACAGUUUUUACAAACUGCGGGAUCGAGCUGAGAGGAUAGCCUCCCGAGCAGUUGACAAUGCUGCAGACCUUCUUAUGUUUGGGAAGGAACUAAGUGCUCUGGGCUCCGACACAACUCCACUCCCUUCCUGGGCUUCUUUGAACAAUAGUGCCUGGGGCAACCUGAAACAGGCCCUGAAAGGCCUUUCUGUUGAAUUUGCACUCCUGGCUGACAAAGCUGUUCAACAGGGUAAACAGGAAGAGAAUGAUGUGGUGGAGAAGCUGAACCUUUUCCUGGACUUGCUCCAGUCCUAUAAAGAUCUUUGUGAGAGGCAUGAGAAGGGCGUUUUGCAUAAGCACCAGAGAGCUUUGCAUAAAUACAGCAUGAUGAAGAGGCAGAUGACGAGCGCCACAGUACAGAGCAAAGAGCCAGAGUCCAUGGAGCAGCUAGAAUCUCGAAUUGUGGAGCAAGAAAAUGCCAUUCUGACCAUGGAGCUGCGUAAUUACUUCUCUCUCUACUGUCUGCACCAGGAGACGCAACUAAUCCACAUUUACCUUCCUCUGACGUCUCACAUCUUGGGGGCUUUUGUCAGUUCUCAGAUCCAAGGUCACAAGGAGAUGAGCAAAGUCUGGAAUGAACUGAAGCCCAAGCUGAGCUGCCUUUUUGCUGGAUCAAGCAACGUGUCGACACUGCCCUUGUCAUCCCAGGAGUGCAACUUUUUCCCUAGUUAAUGCUUUUGGACUGUGGGACGUGGCAAGGAGCCAAGGGGAGGAGCCUGUGGAUACAGAUGUUGAAAAGUAUCCUCCCAUUGGUUAUAUUAUUUUUUUUGCUGCUUUGAGCUGUUCCAUGAUAUAUGGGCUGCCUGGAAAUGUGACAGUGCAUAGAGCGUGAAUGAGCAACAAUUUUUUCUCAAACUAAUAAUCCUCAUAGGAUUCUUGUAGGGAUUCUUUUUUUUUUUUAAAGGGUGGGACCAGAGCUCACUGGUACAUCCUAUGCCUGCCGGUCUUGAGUCAAUCCUUGGCAACAUCUCCACUUAGAAGGAUCAUGUAGCAGGUGAUGAGGGAUAAUCUGCCUUUGCCUGAGACCCUGGAAAGCCACUGCCUGUCAGACUAGACAGUAUUGGAGUAGAUGGGAAAUAGUCUGAUUGGGUAUAAGGCAGCUUCCUAUGUGUUUCUGCUUUAUACAUUCCUGUGCCUGCAGUUAGCAAAGGUAAGGGUGAGCAGAGUGCCCUGGGACAAAUCUGGUCCCAAGGGCGAUGCUAUCCAGUUGCCUGCCCAAAGACACAGUAAGUGCAGCGAGGAGGGAGGCAUUAGGGCGUGUCAGCAGGCCACUUUGGGGUGGGAGUUUGAAACGUGGCCAUCUCCCACUUCUUAAAAGUGGUCCUCUGGCAAAACUAGCUGUUGACUUGGGGUGAAAGGGCUGCUGGAAAUUAGAUACUUUCUACAGAAAUUUUUUGUUGCUCACAUUUUUUGUUCCAGCGUGGUAUGCUGACAGUGGUAUACAUAGGCAAGGAAGUAAUGGCUUGCUGUGGCCUUUUCAGGGUCUACGUCCUCUCCAAAACAGAUACAACACAAAUGUUUUGUGUUUGAUAUAUUUUGGCGAUAAAUGUAAAGACCAUGUAUAGAAAGCAAUGCAGAAUACAUGGAUAAUUUAUAUAUCACACACAUACUAUACUUCCAAAUAGGACUAAUGAAGUAAAAACAAAAAAUUAACAUCCUGCAAAUGGAUGAAAUGCAGAUUUCAAAACUGCUAAACUGAGAUCAAAUACUAUUCUAUCAACAAGUCUUAAUGAUUGUCCUUUACUGCACUGAUUUUGAGCAUCUGGUGUACGUGGAAAACUUGAAAAGGUGCAAAAUUCCCAUACAUCUUUAUUCUGACAAACCUCAAUGGAAGGACAGGCUAGAUGUGUCUCUUUCACAUAAUGACUUAAGGAUGCAUUAAAGAGAAAAUCGACAAUGAAUUGAGCUGGGAGAUGUUUGUGUGAAUACUUCACACAUUUUAGUGUUAGCUAUUUAACUCUUUUUGGACUUUAUUAGUCGUAUUUAGAAAUAUAACAGAUAUAUACAUUCUUAUACAUUCUGAACUGCUUUCUUAUAUGAUCUCCAGUACAGAUAUCUUAUGAUUUGUUUUUCACUUGUGUGCAUUUUAUAUAUUUUUCUCUUUUUGGCUGUGUGUUGGCACCCUCCUAUGUUCUUGGUGCUUGUUUUUGAAAAAAACCACACCUCUAUAUAUGUACAGCAUACACUGCACUAUAGAAAUAUAUGAGAUGUAUGUGAAUUUUCCUGCUCUGAAGUAUGAUGUGGGGAUGACAUUUGAAACAGCCAAAAGAGUUCAAACUACAAAGGAUGUGUGAAGUAUUUGCUUCAUUGCGUGUGUUGGGGAGGAAAAUGUAAUGGGUGUUCCCCGGCUGGCAAAUACAUCAGCAGGUGCCUUAUUCUUUAUGGAUAGGUCUCACUCUGGAAUGCAGUGAAGCUCCUUUAUUAGAAUGUCUGACACUUGUUUGGAGGUGGUAUAUGAAUUCCUACCCAGCCCUCCUUCCACUUGAUGUAAUGCAACUUGUUCAACUUACAAAUUAGGGUGAAGGUGAUGUUCAAAAAGACUGCUUCAUCCCUAGGGUCAGGUUCUGGAAAAAAGUAGAUAAAACAACUCAAGUUUGCCACAGUAGAGGUGUCUGUGAUGUCACCAGGAUACCUUCCACUAAUCCAGAGCUCAUGGGGAUGGGGGGGGGAAUGCGGGGGGGGGGAGGUGAAGGAUAAAUGUAUAGUCAGGUUAAUGGGAUGGCGCUGCUUUUUAAAAAAACAAAACUGAAAAGCAGGAAGCAUUGAGGGAGGUUUUGGACCAGUGGAUGAAAUAGUGCUUCACUCAAUGGUCUGUAGUCUUGCAAAUAGUACAGGCAGGCUCACGCUGCUGGUGAGGAAUGUUGUGCCUUUUUGUGUUGCAUGUUCACCCUAACAUGAUGCAUUGAGGGGUUUGUGUGUGUAAACAUGUGCACGCACCAACGCAAAAGGGAGGGAAGACUCCACAGAUGUCGUGGUGUUCUUGGAACCAUAUUUUAAAACAUAUCCAAGUGUGCCUUUUACAAUACUCUUGCCUUGAUGUUAAUAUUUUUGUUAUUAAAUAAAAGUACAUCUUUUGCUUUUUCUGAAUGGAGGGAUUAGGGACCAUUUUCUCCCUUUCCUUCUUUUUCUGAGGGGGAACCUCUUGGUCUCUCCUCUCAUUGACAUGACUUAUCACAAGUUACAGGCCAGUCCCAGAUGGCCAACUCUGGUAUUGGGAUAUUUUGCCUGGGACCAAACCGAUUGCUCAGGCAGGCCUUGGGGCUUUCACUUGGUAUGUUUGUUAAGGGCCACUCAUGCUGGCUGGAGCUGAUGGGAUUUGAAGUACAAAACAUCUGAAGGUCAAUGGCCCAUGAAGUGCACAAUUCUUGUUUGUUUUUCCAGAAAAACUGGCCUGCCUUUUCGUUUAUAUGUUAGAAUAGUAUAUAUUUUUAAAUAUUUUAUAAUGGAAAUUAAAAGUAUUCAUCUUACUUCUUCAGUUCAAGCAGCAAGGUUUUUUUCUUCUUUUAAAAUAAAAAGGCUAUUUAGAUAAGCUAAUGUUUUGAGCUCAGGAGAGGCAGGGCCCUCUCCUCUUCCAAAAAGUGACCAUAUGCAGCCAAUUUACCCUACUAAAUUGGCCUGUUGUAGGAUGGCUAUGUGAUUGCUCUGCUGAAUGCCACUUCAGAUUGUACUAACUGCACCAUUGCAAGUGUUGAAAAGAGGGUGAGGAAAAGUGUGGGGCUGUGUUCCUUCACAACCUGGGCAUAUGGAGAAUUAAGCUAACGGAAAUGCUUUGUUGGGUUCCCAAGCACGUUUUGCAAAUGGCUUCAGUGUGGCAGCCUCUGCUUGUUCCAACUGUGGGCCAGCAGUAUCACCACCAGAGGUGGUUACAUAAUGGCUGAUGGUGCACCAAUACUGUGCAUUGUUGGCAUGCUGCAGUCAGGAUGCUUCUAGGUGGGUCAGGCAGAAGCUGUGUGUGUGCAGAUGUUUGUACAAGCCAUCAAACAACUGCCUUUGCUUACAUUAUGGCAGCACAGAGUUGGUGCAGAUGGAGGCAAUUACAACACAGCUUGCCAAGCAAGCCCUGAUUCUGCACGGAUCCUCUCAACCUAUGGUCUUGUCACACCAGUUAGGUUGUAUGAACUGGCACCUAGUGCUUAUUUAGUUUUUCUGUUUUAGAGCCAGAACUUCCACAGGAAUCUGCCCCUUUGCAUGCUACACUUUCUCAAAAAUGAGUUCUGCCCCUUCAAGGUAGAACUGCAGAUGUCUAGAUGAGAAAGCUGGAUGGUUUUUAGAGCCUCCUUGAAAGUGAUAACAAAAUAGAGUAGUCAUAAGCUGCUAAUGGUGCCAUCCACUAGGGGGCUUCAUCUUUACUUCAACAGGACCAAAGUGGCAUAAUUGCACAUGUGGCAUCUGAAGUGAUGUGUGGAACACAAAGACAGAUGUGUGUGCAGCAUUUGGAAAGUCAACUUCUUCUAGCAUUCAAUCUUGAAGGUGAGUUAUGCUUCCCAGCGUAUGUGUAUAGCAUAGGACUGUAUGGCUGUGAUCUUAUGUAUUACUCUGAAGUAUACCCUAAAAUCAGCGCAGGUUGCUUGUUCAUGUGCACAUGAGUAUGGCAUUACUUCAUGUUAUACGACUGAGACAAACUCCUUAACGUGGUUUUAGGAUUGAGUUGUAAGCCCCUCAGUGUUUCUCUUUAGUCAAAGGACAGCUAUAUAAAAUUAGUCCUUGGUGGUCAGAAAAUCCAGUUUCUAAUGGGACAGCAAUUUUUGAGAUGUUCUGAGGAAGUCACAUCCAUCCUGGAAAAAGUAAUAAGUAAGAAUAUCUGUGCACGUGGUAAAUGUCUGAAGCCUUAAAGGGAAGUUGAUGUUUUAAUGGCAAAAGGAGAACUCCAAAUAUCAGAUGGAAGAACUGCCAAACUCUGAAAUUGUUAACCUUUCUCAAACCACACUUUUGCUAAACCACCAGCUGAAGAGUUGUUCCCCCCCCCCAAUCUUUUUGUAUGUUGCAAACUUCAUGCCUCCCUCCUGCUUUGCAUAAAUAGUGAUUUUCUUUUCUUUAAUGAAGCACUUUAUCAAACUGCAGGUAUUGGAGAAUAUCUUACUACAGCUGGUAGACUAACAAAUAAUGUUUACAAAUUACAACAUUCCAACACACACACACACAUACAAUAAAUGUUACAAAAAUGUGUUUGUAUGAGGUGUAUAAAACUUGUAUAAAAAAAAUUAAAAGUUUUUGUCAGUUUUAAAUUUUA